AUGGCGCCCCUCAUUACAAACAUUUAUACCGCCGAUCCCUCCGCCCACGUCUUCAAUGGCAGGGUCUACAUCUACCCCUCGCACGACCGCGAGACAGACAUCAAGUUCAACGACAAUGGCGACCAGUAUGACAUGGCCGACUACCACGUCUUCAGUACCGACAGCCUGUCACCCCCCGGCGAGGUCACCGACCACGGUGUGGUCCUAAAAAUGGAGGACGUCCCCUGGGUCUCCAAGCAGCUCUGGGCCCCCGACGCCGCUGAGAAGAACGGCAAGUAUUACCUGUACUUCCCCGCCAGGGACAAGGAGGGCAUCUUCCGUCUCGGCGUUGCGGUCGGGGAUAAGCCAGAGGGUCCGUUCACGCCGGAUCCUGAACCUAUCAAGGGGAGCUACAGCAUUGACCCAGCAUCCUUCGUCGACGAUGAUGGUCAGGCGUACCUCUACUUUGGCGGUCUCUGGGGCGGACAGCUCCAGUGCUACCAAAAGGGCAACGACAUCUUUGACCCAGAAUGGCAGGGCCCCAAGGAAGUCAGCGGUGAAGGAGUGGUCGCCCAGGGACCAAGGGUCGGCAAGCUCACCGAAGACAUGCACCAGUUCGAAGGCGAGGUUCAAGAGAUCACCAUCCUCGCACCAGAGACGGGUAAGCCGAUUCUAGGCGAUGACCACGACCGUCGCUUCUUUGAGGCUGCGUGGGUGCACAAGAGAGGUGACACUUACUACUUCUCCUACUCUACCGGUGACACCCACUUCCUCUGCUUCGCCACCGGCAAGUCUCCCCUUGGACCAUUCACCUACGGCGGGCGUAUCUUGGAGCCUGUUCUGGGAUGGACGACGCACCACUCGAUUGUCGAGUUCAAGGGCAAGACUUAUUUGUUUCAUCACGACUGUGAACUGAGCAAGGGCGUGGAUCACCUUCGGUCCGUCAAGGUGAAGGAGAUCUUUUAUGAUGAUGAGGGCAAGAUAAUUACCACGACGGCAGACUAA